AUGGCGCUUCUCCAGGCAUCUCUAAUUUGGAUCGUCUAUGCAGCCGUCAUCGUUAUUCUGCUCGCGGUGGCUUCGGUCUUCAUUUAUGUUUAUCAGACUCCACGGGAUCGUUCGCCGUCAGUCACUCUUACUUGCAUUGUUGCCAUUACCAGUCUGUUGGCUACAGUGCUUCUCUUGCCAGUUGACGUUGCAUUGGUAUCUUCUACCACGUCUUCCAAACUGGGUCAGCGGAAAGAAUGGGCUUCUCAGGAUGUUGUUGACCACAUAACCUACUCCUUAACCAUCGUCUAUUACAUCCUCUACUCACUGGAUGCCCUUCUUUGUCUUCUUGUCAUUCCGUUCACUUACUUCUGGUAUGAAGAAUACGACGAAGUGGCCAGCGAAAGUGGUGAACAGACGCUGGGGCAGCGGUUCUGGGGUGCCUUUAAGUACACUUUUUCGUUUAUCGCAAUUGUGGUUAUUCUCUUCCUUGUUGGAUUUUUUGUUCCUGUUUCAAAAAAUAAGAACGGGCUGGAUCUUGAUUACUUCAAGAAACUAUUGACUGAGAACCAUGGUGAGCGAGCGUUGACAUUUGCCCUUGGUCUGCUAAUGACCAUUGGCCUCUGUCUCUAUGUCCUUUAUUCUUCGUCUGGGCUCGCGCUAUUUCCUAUAAGUCUGAUCAAGACAGCCCCUUCGGUUUCCAACCCUACACUGCGCGCAAGCACCGCACAGCAACUUGAAGUGAACCGAGAGAGGCAGAGACAGCUGGAGGGUCGUUGUGGGGGAAACCCUGAACUUUUGUCCUCCAAGGAUCGCCGGGAGCUUGACACUCUUUCACGAGAAGAAAGAACCCUGAUUCGGCGCCAACGUCUCGUCGAGGAGUCGCAAGGUGAAGCUCGGAGCUGGCUUAUGAGGCUCUGGUUUAAGAUUGAAGCCAUUUUCCGGCCCUUCAAGCUUCUUGGUGGGAUUUUACUCCUCUUGAUUGCGUUUGUCGUGUGGGUCUCAAUGCUCUUGACAGCCAUCGACAAGGCGAAGAACUCAAUCUGCAAGCACCGCUGUGGAUAUAUUCUCGGCCAUGUAAACGUCUUCAAUCCCGUCAAUUGGACCUUAGUCCAAUCCGCCAAGAUUUUCCCGGUCGACUACGCCAUUUUCACAGUCUUGGUGUUACUAUUGUUCUGUGGCUCUAUUGUUGGUAUUGCUACGGUUGGAAUUCGAUUCCUCUGGAUCAGAAUCUUCCAAAUUCGCAAAGGGCAUACUUCUCCGCAGGCUCUGCUUUUAGCGACAGUCAUCUUGAUGCUGAUAAUUCUAGCAUUGAAUUACUCGAUCUCCAUGGUUGUCGCUCCGCAGUAUGCUACAUUUGGUCCGCAGACAUUUUGUGACCGCGAAUCCUGGUCACCUUUCGGACAGCCGGAUUGCUCUAACAGCAAGGAGCUGAUUAAACCAUGCUCUGAACUGGCGAAUAAUCCUGCGGCUCAGCGAGUUUGCACCCCCAGUGUUGUCAGCACAUUCCUGAAUCGCAUCACUCUCAACUACCCUUUCUUUGGUGCCGUAUUCUUCUGGGCCCAGUUCUGUUUCCUUGGUGUUUAUCUCAUCGUCUUCCUUACUGCAUUGCUCCGAUCACCGAAACUGGACGAGAGGCAGCUUGAUGAAGAUGCCGAGGAGGCCGAGGAAGAAGGUCUCUUGGCUAACACGGGAAGGAGGCUCACUGCCAACUGGCAGGACAUUACGGGAAGCAGUGGUCGAAAUGAACGCUCCAGCAGUUAA